GCUGUUUUGUUCAGUCAUUGUGUAAUGGAGAGAAACCCGGGGGUCGGAUCCGCACAGAAAAAGCACCGAGAAAAUACCAAAACGCUUAAACAGAGCCGGUUUAUUUCCUAUCUCUAGAAUCAGUGACAGCUCAGUUGCUGGUAACUCUUAGAGGCAGACAAAAGCGAGCGAGAGAAAAUGUCUCUCGAAAGCCUCAGCCUCACCUCCUCCAACAAGCAGUCCCCCAAAAACGAACACACCAUCAACCUCACUGAGUCAGGAGACGAAAGAGAAGAAGGUGAACUGGAGGAAGGAGAAUUGCAAGAUGAUGGUGAGGAAGCGGAUGUUCAGGAGGAAUCCCAAGAAAAAGUCAAGAAAGAUCAAUCAGAAAAACAGGAUUGGGAUCAUGAAGAUGAUGAGAAAGAUAAGGACAAAGCCCAUCGUAGGAUGAAGAGAAAGAGGAAGAAAGAAAGAGAAAGAGAAAGAGAAAAAGAAAAGAAGAGAUCAAAAAAGAAACGAAAGUCAAAGCAUAAGCGACAUGUGUCUUCCAGUGAUGAUUAUUCGGAUUAUAGUGAUGAGUCUGACUAUAGUCCUGGAGAGAAGGGAUACCGGAAAUAUCGAGAUUACAGUCCACCGUAUAUGCAGCCACCUUAUCCCUCAUCUUCAGGGGCUCCUUUGUCAAAGAAGACCUAUAUGAAACCAGAGAAGAUGAAUUACAAUAUGUAUGAGGAGUAUGAAGAUGAACAGUAUAUUGACUAUGAGGGGGUGGAGGAGGAGGAAGUACCAGAUGAGGAAGAAGAAGAAUAUGAUGAUUUUGCCAAAGAAUUAAGCCAGUAUAGAAAAGCAAAGGAGGCCUCUCAGCAACAGCAGCAACAACAACAACAGCAGCAGCAACAACACCAACAGCAAAGCCAUGUGCCUAUGGGACACCGAGGACAUGGAACAUCAGGUAUAUCUGGUCCUAUGCGAGGUGGUGGGAGAGGUCGCGGUAUCCGAGGCAGAGGAGGCCGAGGAAGGUCCCGUGGACGGGGUGUAAGAGGAGGCAGAGGAGGAGUUCAUGGUCAGAGCCAUGGGCCAGGGGCAGGGCAUGGACCUCCAGAACAUGGACUUCCAGAACAUGGAUCUGGGUCUGCACAUGGGCCAUCAGGACAAGGAGCAGGACCAGGACAUGGGCCCCCCAGCCAUGGACAUGGACAAGCAGGCCAUGGACCUCCGUGUCAUGGGCCCCCUCCUAGCCAUGGACCUUCAGGACAUGGGCCCCCUCCAGGUCAUAGUUCUGGGCCAGGGCAAGGGCCUCCAGGACAUGGUCAGGGGUCAGGACAUGGACCUGGCCCAAGUCACGGGCCUGGACCAGGGUAUGGCCCUCCUUGUCAUGGACCUGGGCCAAUGCACGGACCACCAGGACAUGGACCGCCAGAACACAUGAUGGACCCUCCAGACGAUUGUGAACAUGACCUUUAUGAUGAAGAUAUGCCGAACCUUGAUGAUGGAAUGCGUAUGAGGAGCAUGCAUGAUCACGGGCAUCAGCCAUGUGCAGAGAAGAAAGGAAAAGUUCUUUGCAAGUUCUUUGUGGAGGGUAGAUGUUCAAAGGGGGAUCAGUGCAAUUUCAGUCAUGAUUUGGGACCACCAAGAAAGCGAGAGCUCUGCAGAUUUUACUACAAUGGAUUUUGCGCUAAAGCAGAAAAUUGUUUGUACAUGCACAAUGAAUUUCCUUGCAAGUUCUUUCAUACGACAGGUAAUUGUUACCAGGGAGAUGAUUGCAAGUUUUCACAUAGACCUCUAACCGAUGAAACCAGGGAGCUACUGGAUAAGAUGUUAGCCAGUGAGGCGGAAGCUGGUGCAGAAGAUGAAAAGGAAGUGGAAGAAUUAAAGAAGCAAGGAAUCACGCCUUUACCGAAACCCCCACCUGGAGUUGGGUUGUUACCCACGCCGCCUCGACCUCCAAUGGCACCUCCUUCAAAUAUUCCCAAUGCUCCACGGCCUCCGAUGAUGGGACCACUGCCUCCAGGUCCUCCACCGCCUGGUCCUCCACCACCAGGUCCUCCACCUCCAGGACCCCCACCACCUGGACCUCCAUGUUUACCCGGUCAAAAGAAGAUCCCCUCUCUCUUUGAGAUUGUUGUUCAGCCUACUCCACACCUUGCCCAUAAAAUGGGAAUGAAUAGGCCACGGUUUCCACCACCACCUCCUAGGUUCCCAGGACCUCCGGGACCUCCUGCGCCACCUGGGCCUCCCAUAGGUCCAGGGCCUGGGCCUGGCAUGGGACCAGGACCAGGUCCCAUGUCAGGGCCAAUGUCUGGACCCAUGCCAGGCCCUGGCCCAGAAGAGAUCCCAGGAGGGCCUGGAAUGAAUCCAGGAGCACAGGUAGGACCAGGCCCUCCAGUACCACCAUUCAUGCAAGGAGAUCCUGGGAUGAUGCCACCUGUUCCUUCGGCACCAAAUUUCUAUGACAACUACUAUCAACAGCAGGGAAUGCCAAUGGAUGCUGGUCCAGAUGGGGAACAAGGGAAUAAGGAGGCGAUGGAGGAAGGAGAUGGCCAGCAGGCUCUGCUGCAGCAGGUGGAUGAACUGGAGGCUGAGGAGAGUGAAGGUGCCUCCUCUGGUCAGAAGCCAGCUGCAAACAUCCCUGACUUCCUCCCGGCAGCCCAACGGGCUCUGUUUCUACGCAUUCAACAAAAGCAACAGGAGGAGGAGGAAAAGGCAAAGAGGAGAGCAGACAGCAGUCAGCGAGAAAAGGAAAAUGAAGAGGGUGAUGGUGAUAAUUGGUACUCGAGUGAUGAAGAGGAUGGUGGAAGCAGUAUGAGCUGCAUAUUAAAGACGCUUCGUCAGCAGUCUGCUAGGAAGCCUCAAACGCGAGGCUCAUGGGCGUCACAUAACAAGAAUGGUAGUAGCCAGAACGUUGCUGAUCCACGCCUGCAAAAGGAGAGGCUGUCAAAUGCAAAUCGACCUGUAGACCCACGGAUUUCAAGGGACCCCAGGCUUUCUCGAAGUGCAGAGAUCACAUUGGGGAAUUCUGGGUCUGAUACAGCAGCUGCAGAAAGCAGAACAGUAACUGCACCUAAAACGGACCCUGCUCUUCCAACUCCUCCCAGCAGUACAAAAUCUCAGGUGGUUGUUAAUGAAGAGGAAGGAGAGAGGAUUCUAAGGGAAAAGACAGUGGUCAUUCCUCUUGACCCAUUGCCAGGCUCCUCACUCCGAGAUCCUAGGUCUCAACUUAAACAGUUCAGCCACAUUAAAAUGGACACCUCUCUCGGAAAGCCUCAUUUUGCUAAAAGUAUCUUGUGGAGUCCAGAAGAUUUGAUCCCACUGCCCAUCCCAAAGCCAGAUCCGGUCGCCGUCUCUGUGCCCUUCCCAGCACUGGACCCCCGAUUGAACCGUUCUCCACAAGCUGGGCCUUCGGAUCCUCGGCAGCGCAAUACUGACCAGGCAUCGGUGGAGCCCUCGCAGCCGGCACCAACUUCUGCCCUUCCAGAUUUGGGUUUGCUCUCCAGAAUACUGAAGAGUGUUGAUGUUUCAGCAACGAAGACGACUGCACAGAACGAGAAGCCUUCCGACCCCAGGAUGCGAAAGGUUCCUGCUGAUCCUAGGCUGCAGAGGUCCAGUGGUGGACCCCAGUCCUCCAGCACCCAAUCAGGAAAGCCCUCGGAGCAUAUUGAAUCCCCAGCUGGAUCUGCUUCGAAGGACUCAGGUGGUGGCCUUGCUCCGUAUGAUCCCAGGUUAGUUACUGCAGGUGGGCAGAACCGAGCAGGAGGUAGUGGCCAGAGUGCCAUGCUGAGUGGCAUCAGUUUAUAUGAUCCAAGAACUCCCAGCACCCAGAGUGGGAAUGUUAAAAGUACAGAGUCCUCCAGUGAGCUUAAAGGGUCGGAUGUCCAGAAAGGUGUAACCAGACAGAAAGAACCAUUGUUUGUCAGAAAAUCUGCAUUGGAUCAACCGGAAAACGAGAAGUCAACUUCAGAAACUCCCACAGAUCGAUAUAACAGUUACAACAGACCCAGGCCAAAGCCAGCCACUUCUGCUGCCCCCACACCAGAGACGGGUCAAACAGGAGUACACAGCCUCCCGGUGUCAUCUCUGUUUGGACUUAUUCACCCGCAGUUCUCUGAGGUGAAACAGGCCAGCAAAUCUGGCUCAGGCAGCCCUUUUGGUGGGAACAGUCCCCUUGAGGAGAGUGGGCAAGAUACAACCUCACUGAAGGAUGUUUUUAAAGGGUUUGAUCCCACUGCUUCACCCUUUUGUCAGUAACAGACAUUGACUGCUGCAUUAACCUUGUACAUUUAAUCUCACAGCAGGGGCUGGACGCAGUGCUGGGCAAUGUUUUAUCAUACUCUUUAACUUUGUAAUUUAAUACAUUAAUAAAUGUGAAUAUGCUUAGAAACCAGGUGAUCAAAAUCGCCAAACUGAACUGUAGUCAGCUUAGACCAUUAUCGAACCGAAUGUGAUUCCAAAACUUGUUGGCUCUUAUGCAUUCUUUCUAAACAACAAGGGUGGUUUGUUUAAUGAAUUUGGCACGAACAGAGAGCUUGUCUGUGACAAGAUACUGAAUUUCUUCUGAUCCUGGAAAAAUUCAAAAGGAAAGUUUUUUUUGUCAGGAAGAGGCCUUUAGGAAAUGUGCAUAUUAGUUACAUGUAGAAAUGUGUUAUUGAUCUUGAAAGUGGGUGUAAUAUGAUCUAAAUUGAACAGUAUGUUUGUGUAGUGACCUUAUAAUAUACAUUGGCUAUGUGUCUUGUUUUGUGGAUUCCUGAAUUUACUCUUUCCCAUGCCAUAUUCAUAUGGAGAAGGCUGAGGCUGGAUUAGGGCCAUCUGUAACCUCUAAAUUACCAGACACCCCUUAUAUGAGGUAAAAGCCCAUUAAACAUGUCACGUGCAAGGCUCUAAAACUUCCUAGAUUUAACCUGAAAAACACGCCACAGAUGUUGAAUGUUGUGAACAUGUCUGUAAAAUGCACGCUUUGUACAUAUGCUGUACUCUUGACAGGUUGAGGGACCGAGAAUCUAUUGUUAAUUUAAAAGUUUUUUUUAAGCAUCUCCUGGUACUUGCUCCCUGGAAAUUACUACGAAUAAGCCAUUGUUUCCUUUUGCAUUCCUAACAUGUCCAAUGUGGACAUAAAUGUGUCUUCCAAUUUACCAUCAUUUUCUUGGCUCAAGAAUUCUGCUAUCCAUGAUGUAGUCCCAGAUGCCUUUAUGUUGAAACAUUUCUUCUGUAGAGAAAUUGUACACAAAUUGUUGUCUUUUUUUAAAGUCCUUUUGUGUACAAAAAACAAAGAAAAAGUCAAGCUUUUAUAGUUUUAGGUCUGUUUGUACCUACAGCUUGGGCACGAAAGAAUCAGAGACUAAUGGAUCAGAAUAAUCUCCUUGAUGAAAAUAAAGUGAUUUUCUUUUCUGCUGCAAGGCUGUCACAUUUCCUGAAAGUCAGGUUGGAUGUACAGUGACAAGUUCAUCUUUUUUAUACAGUCUUUGUAUAUUCGUAGGGAUUGCUGCUUCAGUUGAAAUGCUAAUAUGACUUCUCCACUAACUCAGAACUAACUUCAGUGAAAGAGAUCAAAUAUUUUUGUACUUAUUAUCUGCAAGGUGCUUAUAUGCAUGGGUAGAAAGGGUGCUGAUGGGUAGUGCAGUUAAAUAACAUGAUUACUGGUUAUAUGCUUGUAAACUUCAAAAAGGCACCAGUCAAAUCUAAGUAUAAACAGGGCUAUCCAGAUAAAUCCCAAAAUUCCACAUUGUUAUAAGUGGUUCAGUAUUAAAUUGUUACCAGCAAAUGCUGCUAAGUUGUCGACAGCUCAGAAAUGUAAUGAUGGCAAAGUCAGAGAUCUUGUAAAUGACCUGCUGUUGUCAUAAAGAAGUAAAGUAUUUCUGUUUUGAUGUAGAUGCAACAGAGAAGCCAACGUGUUUUGUGCUGGCAUUAGGCGUUGGCGUCGCGGUGUUUGUUCAUUAUGACAGUGAGACACAGCAGUGGUAUUAUGUCAGUGUGUAUUGGCAAAGGGAUCAAACACUGCUAGUCUACAGUCAUUGUAGGGAGCAAAUAGUGGUUUGUGUGGAAUGCUGAUACCAUGAUCUCAAACAGCAUAGAAGCAGUGAGUUUCUGAAGUUUUUUUAACAAUAAUGUUGCUUAGAAAAGAUGGAGCCCUAUAUUUUAUAGGGUACCAAAGAUCCUGCAUAGCUGAGCAAGUAUAUACAGUAAUUCAUAUACAGCAAAUUACCCUGGGCUGUCCUCUUGUGGAAUUAAUAUUUAUUAAACUAAGUUUUAAUGCUAAUUAAAACACAGAAUGCUAAAAAUACUCAGCAGAAUCUGGCAGCAUCUGUGAAGAAAAUUUGAAUCCUCUCUGACCUUAGGAUUUAACUCAGCACUGACUGUGAAAGAUUAUCAGCAGUUUUUGCUUGUGUUACAUAAUGACACAGUGUAUUCAAUAUUAACUGUGCACAAUACUUAUAAUAAACAAGACUUUGAAUGUUUAUAAAUCUAAUCAUGAGGUUCAGAGAAUAUUAUGAAAUGAUGGUGCACCAUUACUUACCUUUAGAAUCUGUUGAUCAGCUUCUAUGACCUUUGAUCUACUUCCAAGGUAUUUGUUGUAUGUUAACGUUUCAUAGAUUGUGUCCUUUUUAAUGAGGUGUAUUUAUAUUUUUAUGUGCAAAUUGCUUACAAACUGUAAAAAAAUUUCCUUUCCUCCAUUUCAUAAAGUUUUGAGAUCAACGGUUGCCUUAACUCCAGAGCAUUGAAACCAGCAGGUUGUUAUAUACAGGUAACAAUCCUAGGCUGAAGUUUGUUAGCUUGCUUUCCAGGUUAAGUAGGCUGACUUCCUGUUGAUUUGUUGCAUGUACUAAGCAUAAUUAUAAAGCUUGAUGCUAUUAUUUUAUUAAUUUUAAAGUUUUCUCUUUUAAAGAUUCUCUUUCUCUUUCAUAUAAGAGUUAUCUAAGCAAAUGUGGUUGAUAAGAUCUGAAGUUUUUCAAUCAUAUCCUUUACAGUUCUAUGAACCGUAUAGUCACCGUGCCAUCUUGUUUACACCAAUUAUUGAAAUGGGAAACAAGGUGAAAGCCCUUUUUUGUCACAAGAUAAUUUUUCUAUCUUCUGACCAUAUCAGUAGGCAUUUUUAGAUUUUGAGGUGGAUACUCCUUUAUGUAUUAACUACAUACCCAGAAGAAGGCAAUGGCAAACUAUUUCUGCAGAAAAAUUUUCCAAGAACCAUCAUGGUCAUGGAAAGACCAUGAUCGCCCACAUUUUACAACACAACACUUAACAAAUGAUGAACUAAUUAACUACAUGAGAUUCACAAGAAUGAAUGUUGAAAUGGAUGUUCUGUAGAUUAUGGAUGAAUUUAAAGUUUCCAUUAUUCUUUACUCAUUGCGAAGACCUUAGAUCCUGAUUCGAAUUGAUUAGAUCUUGAGCAUACUGUGUUUUUUUUGAUUGUGGAUCAUUUGUUAAAUGGAUUCCAGUGAUGCAUGCUGCGUCUCGACCAUUUGACUAAAUGAUGUCUAGCAUUAAUCAGGUUGAGGCAGAAAGAUCUUUGCAAUGAGUGAAGAAAAAUGGAAAUUUAAAAUCCAUCCAUAACUUCUUCACAAACCUGCCCAGAAAUCUGAUUUUGAGUCAAAUGAAAUAAUAUCUUUCUGUUAAUAAAAUGCAAUACAGUUGUCAUGGAAAAUUGAGUAACAGUUCAGUUUCUGGGUUGGCUAUGGCCAAAGAGACUUGUGAAAACCCUGGGAGUAGUUUGCUCCAUGUAAUAAUUAACAAGACAGACUGUGUUUGCGUUAUUCACACUAUUGUGCUGGAGUGUUGGAAUGAGGAUAAUUGGAGCUUGUUUUUCCAUUUCACUGAGCGGAGGUGCAUCUCAUACAUGUAUUAAAGCCGGACAAUAUGAUAGCUUGUGCAUUUUUUAAUUCGACCCAGGGUUCUGCACUGUUGCUUUUGUAUUGACUGAAUGUCAAAGGCAGAAAAGAAGAAAAAAAUACUGAGGGAGGUUAGAUUCCAAUAUGCACACCUUAAAAGUUCGAGGUAAUGAAAGUUAUUCUUUGCACUUCAAAUGAAUUUUGAAUGAACAAUCUGGAUUAAUUUUAGUGGCCAAACAUGUAACCUGUUUCAUGUGUGUGGUUUUGGGGGAGGGAGGGAAAUAGAUGGUAAAACUGCCAAUGCAUUUUAAACCAUUUGUUCUUUGAUUAGGAUUAUUCAUUAGCUGUGAAACUGAGAAGAACUGAACAUGGUGUCAUUGUCCUGUUUUGUUUAAGAUUUCAUAAUACUUCAGCUGAGUAGUUAACCUCUUCAAUAAAUGUAAGUGAAGUAAUGUUUUGAAAUAUUACCAUGGAAUAUUUUAUGAUUAUAAAACUUGAAGCGCACUUUGUAAUUAUGUCGUUAUUCAUUAAACAGUGGAGUUGCUUGCCAGUUUGUACGUAUAUCAAAUUGAACUUGUAAUGGAUUUAAAGAUAGAGGAGUGUGCAGUACUUGGGUGCAUUAAAGUAUUCUGGCAUGCCAUUUCCAAAUUAAAUUAGAAAUACUUGCAUAGAUCCCAGUUCUUUCUCUGAUGUGAAUGCAGUGGUCCUGAUUUGAAUUGAUUAGCUCUCGAUUUUUUUUAUUGUGGAUCAUUUGUUAAAUGGAUUCAAAUGAUGCAUGCUGGGCCUUGAUCUUUUGACUAAGUUAUUGUAUAGAAUUAAUCAAGCACAUUUUUUUUGGCCAAAUACACAAUACUUGCACUAACUCCAAGACCUGGUUAUUCGAAUGCAAAGUGACAGAUGGUAAUGGCAGCUCAGACUUCACAGACAAGACGUAUGAUACACAGUUGAGUGUUGCCUCAUGCUGAGUCCAGCUUCUUCACACAGCUACCACAGUCCUAUUUCUUUCCCUUGUGUGUGUAAAGAGAAAAAAGUCUUUGUAUUGAAAUGAUUGUAUGAAUUAUUUAAACCUUUUUUAAGAGAAACUAUUUGGAGAGAGGAGCAUGCAGAAGAACGUGUAAGUGUGUGUUAUUGUGCACUCUUAAGCAUCAAUCACGUAUUUUGUGAUAGGUAGAUUGUAAUGUCCUGUAUUCUUUCCAUCAGCUUUUUAAUUAACAACUAAUAAAAAGUAAAGUUUGCUAUUUUAUUCCUGGUGAUGGGUACGUGCUCUUGGUCUCUUUGAGGUCAGAGAAGGUAGGUUAAGUUCAAGUUUAUUGUCAUUCAGCUCUACACA